UAUCCGAUAAAGUGUAUUUACAUGACGAUGUUGCUACCAUAACCAAUCGAAGGAUUUCAUUUCUGUUGAUUUUUAUUUUCAGGGCCUGGUUCAGUUUUCUUGGGUGGCACAACUUUAGAUUUCGCCGAGCAUUGUAGAGAAAAGAUGGAAGCAGUAAAAAUUGCGAUGAAGAAUACUGACUCUUCUCAGAAGGACUCUGAGAAUGUCAAAUGUACUCGGAAUGAAUCUGGGAGCACGGAUAUACAAGAAGAAGAUUUAAAAUCUGACAUACAAAAGAAACUCUCCAUGACAAGUUGUCCUUACACGUGGGGUAUGGAGAAAUUACUGACAGACAAUGUAUUCGAAUGGGAGGAUACGGAUAGGGAGGAAAUCCUUUCCGAGAUAAUGGGAAUAAUGAUGAUGCUACUAAAAGCUAACGUAUAUGACAAUAAGAAGAAAAUUGACGAUGCCCUAGAAGAAAUACAGAAAGCAGAAGACGUUUUUAAACUUUUACUAGGAAGUAUACCAGAUGAUCAAAAAUAUUUAUUGAACGUCCUGCGGCAUAUCAUCUUUUCAACAAAAGGCCACGUCCUUUAUGGAGCGAAACAAUUUAAAGAGGCACAAAUCGCAUUAAAAGAAACCUACGUUCAUAAUGUUUUAAAUUUGACCGACAAGGAACUUGGUAGUUUGUACGGAUGCCAGGCAAUUGCCUGGUCAUUGUUCCGGAUUAAUACCGGACAAAAAACCCUGGAAUUAGUUAAACGGGCUAUUGAAAAAGAUAAUAAGAAUGCUCAUUGGUAUUUUUUUCUGGGCAAAACCUUGAGGCGUCUGAGGCGAUUCAACUUAUAUCGGACGUUUCCGUCUAAUGAAGAAAUGGAGGCUUUUGGCAAAGCCUUUUCGCUCUCGCAGUGCCCCACUAUGGGCAUUUACUAUGCACAAUCAAAAGCUGAAUCGAAGCAACAGUUCGAAGCACGUUCCAUUUAUACACAAAUUUUUAAUUUAGAGCAGAAAAGUUUCAAAGUACAGCUACGACUAGCCCUCGGAUUUAUACGCCUGAGGAUGAGCACUGAAGCCAAACAGUGUUUGAAUUUGGCAGGCCGAGAAAAUCCCGAAAAUGUGACGUAUUUGCACUACAUGGGGAUGUAUUUGGACUUAUGUUGCAAAAAAUCAAAGGAAGCCCUUGAUUAUUACAAACUAGCUGGCGAACGGGGAAAUAGUGCAUCGUAUUGGUCAUAUAUGAGUUGCAUGCGAAAAUUGAACAAGAAUUACAAUCCCCGAGAGGACUUAUGCAAAAUGUUGGACAAGUGCGAAGAAGAUGAUAACGUUUUAAAACAGAAGUUAUUGCUUCAUAUAGCGGAAUGUUACGAAUAUAUGGAUCGUGACAUGAAUCAAGCAGCUGAAUACUACCUGAAAGCUGUAACAAUUGAUCCAAAAGGAGCAAUCCUAAACGAACAUUCGAGUAUUCUAAAUUGCACACAUUUAAAUGCAUGGAAUAGUAUAGAACAUAAUGUGCUGCGAAGACUGGCAGAUAAAAACUCUAUCCUAUAUAAAGAGUUAAUGAAUUUCUGCCGAAGAAGGAAGGAAUACGAAAAGUUACCGUUCACGAAGGAGUUGCAGAACAUAGCACUUUGAAUCUCUCAAAUCCUACUCUACGGUAUAAUUAUAGUUCUUGUUCUCUAUGCGUGCUUGAAAACCGUUUCAACGAAUACGAUGGCCCAAUAAUCGUAGUACAGGGUACAGAAGAUUAUUUUUCAUAAAAAUUAGCGGAAUAAGACACUCUGUUACCGAGGGAAACUAUUUCGAAAGUUUGAUGGAUACAUGUGCACUUAACGGAUUAUAAAUCUUAAACUUGGUGUGGAAUACAAUAUUUAAAAAAAAAAUGGAAAAAAAAUUUAUAUUGCGUAAUUUUGACUUAAUUUGAUACAAAUAAUUACCUUUGACGAUCAUUGUAAUGCCUUGGCUUACGCGUACAUGUAUUCCAAAAUGGAAGAAAACAUCCAUUAACGUGCAAGGUUAUAUCCCUUGUCAGCAGGCUUCGGGCUGAGUUAGAUAAAUCGAUAAACAAUAGUUUCGCCAUUAUAUUCGCCAGAGAUGCCUUCUUGGUACGUAGUCAACUUACGAGUUUAGCAGUAUACUGAGCAAAUUUUCGUACUUAUUCUUAUACUUGUUCAAGCGACU